AUGUCCACCUUCCAUCCAUUCUCCCCAUGGAUGUCACACGACGACGGCUCAAUGUCUUCUCACCCCCCCUCUGGCGAUAAGAUGUCAAGCAGCUGGGCCGCCCCCUCCGCCGAAGAUCGUCUGGCUAGAUCAACGUCCCCGGUGACAUCUGGGUGCCUGGCCCGACACAACUCGGAGCAUCUGACUGCUUCGCCGUUGAACCAUACUUCCUGGGAUCAGCCCUUGAGCCGCUCUCUCGACAAUGCACAGAAUGAGAUCUUGCCACCUAAAUUUUCCAGCCCCUUGAUCCUUCCCGGACUAGAUGUCGGACCAUGGAGCCCCCCUAUCCAGCCGCAUUGGAGGCCCGAGAUGACCCCUAGAACUUCGUUCAACCAACAUCUGGAGGAGAAGCUGGCUGUCGCCGACGCCCAGAUUCGGCGACUGACCUUGGACAACAAGCGGUUGCGGGAAUACAUCAUCCACAACCCUGCCCCUCCUCCGAUCGCCUCUCCUGCCAUCUUGACACCCGCAUCCGAGAUCAAAAGCUUCUUUUCGUCCUCCACCAACUACGACCGGGAUGCUCGAAGUAGAUCGAAAGACACUUUUGAUGGAAAGGCCGAAUCAUCAUCGGACGAUGCAAGUCCCAGUCGAGAUAAUAGUGACAUUUGCUGA